CGUGGUAGUGGUUGAGACUCUUCCACCGAGCAUACCUUCAGCUCACAUUCCCCAAAAAACAAGAGACAAGAGAGGAGAGCGGCGAGGAUUCCCCCCCACACACACGCAGGAGAGAGAGAGAGAGAGAGAGAGAGAGACCUGUUCAUGACGGAUAAAGUUUAUGAGCAGCGUGGCAGAGGAGAGGGGACGAAGACCGGACUGCACACCUUUGGGUAAACUUCAUCGGGGGGGAACAGUCGCUCGUGCGGCCGUAAUGGGCACCUUGCGUGACCUCCAGUACGCGCUCCAGGAGAAGAUCGAGGAGCUGCGGCAGAGGGACGCGCUCAUCGACGAGCUGGAGCUGGAGCUCGACCAGAAGGACGAGCUCAUACAGAGACUACAGACCGAGCUGGACAAAUACCGCUCCGUCAUCAAACCGGCAACCCAGCAGGUCCACAAGCAGAACGAGCUGCACGAGGGGCAGCGGACGAAGAGGCAGGCAAUAUCGGCCGAGCCCACAGCCUUCGACAUCCAGGAUCUUAGCCAUGUCACCUUACCGUUCUACCCCAAAAGCCCACAGUCCAAGGAUCUGAUCAAGGAGGCCAUCUUGGACAAUGACUUCAUGAAGAACCUGGAGCUGUCGCAGAUUCAAGAGAUCGUGGACUGCAUGUACCCUGUGGAGUAUGGAAAGGACAGCUGCAUCAUUAAGGAAGGCGAUGUGGGCUCGCUGGUCUACGUCAUGGAAGACGGGAAGGUGGAGGUGACGAAGGAGAGCCUGAAGCUCUGCACCAUGGGGCCAGGAAAGGUGUUUGGAGAGCUCGCUAUUCUCUACAACUGCACCAGGACUGCCACGGUCAAGACUCUUACAAAUGUGAAGCUGUGGGCCAUCGACCGGCAAUGCUUUCAGACGAUCAUGAUGAGGACGGGUCUCAUCAAGCACACAGAGUAUAUGGAGUUUCUGAAAAGCGUUCCCACAUUCCACGACCUGCAGGAAGAUAUUCUGAGCAAACUUGCCGAUGUCCUUGAGGAGACACAUUAUGGAGAUGGAGAGUACAUCAUCAGACAGGGGGCCAGAGGAGACACCUUCUUCAUCAUCAGUAAGGGAAAGGUUAAUGUGACCAGGGAAGACCCGCCCAAUGGAGAGCCUGUCUACCUGCGCAGCCUCGUAAAAGGGGACUGGUUUGGAGAGAAAGCACUGCAAGGGGAGGACAUCAGGACAGCCAACGUCAUUGCAGCGGAGGCAGUCACCUGUCUAGUCAUCGAUAGAGAUUCAUUCAAGCACCUUAUUGGAGGUUUGGAGGAUGUGUCCAGUAAAGGCCAUGAGGAUGCAGAUGCCAAAGCCAAAUAUGAAGCAGAGAAUGCGUUUUUCUUCAACCUCAACCUAGCUGACUUCAACAUCAUCGACACUCUGGGAGUUGGUGGAUUUGGCCGCGUUGAGCUGGUUCAGCUCAAGAGCGAUGAGAACAAAACCUUCGCCAUGAAGAUCCUGAAGAAGCGGCACAUCGUCGACACAAGACAGCAGGAGCACAUUCGUUCAGAGAAACUCAUCAUGCAGGAGGCCCACUCUGACUUCAUUGUUAGACUCUAUAGAACAUUCAAGGACAGCAAGUACCUCUACAUGUUGAUGGAGGCUUGUUUAGGAGGAGAGUUGUGGACCAUUCUUCGUGACCGGGGUUCAUUUGAGGACUCAACCACCAGGUUUUACACAGCUUGUGUGGUGGAGGCCUUCGCCUACCUGCAUUCCAAAGGAAUCAUCUACAGAGACCUCAAACCAGAGAACCUUAUUUUGGACCACAGAGGAUAUGCCAAACUGGUUGAUUUUGGCUUUGCCAAGAAGAUCGGAUUUGGAAAGAAAACGUGGACCUUCUGUGGGACGCCGGAGUAUGUAGCACCAGAGAUCAUUCUGAACAAAGGCCAUGACAUCUCAGCCGACUACUGGUCUCUAGGAAUCCUCAUGUUUGAGCUCUUAACUGGCAGCCCUCCAUUCUCUGGCCCUGAUCCUAUGAAAACCUACAACAUCAUCCUGAGAGGCAUCGACAUGAUCGAAUUUCCAAAGAAAAUUACCAAAAAUGCUGCCAACCUAAUUAAAAAGCUAUGCAGGGAUAAUCCCUCUGAACGACUUGGAAACUUGAAAAAUGGAGUCAAAGACAUCCAAAAGCACAAAUGGUUUGAAGGCUUUAACUGGGAGGGCUUAAAGAAGGGGACAUUGACACCUCCCAUCAUCCCUAAUGUCACAUCAGCUGUCGACACGAGUAACUUCGACAGCUUCCCAGAGGACAACGAGGACCCGCCUCCUGAUGACAACUCCGGCUGGGAUGUUGACUUUUGAAGUCCUCUUCUCAACUUAAAACCAAAAGAAACUCUUCUUCUGCUGGCUUGGAGGCCGUUUUGAGGACAUGGCUGUGUUGUUAAAAAAAAAAAAAAAAAAAAAAAAAAAACUACUUUAAAAAGAAAGAGAUGACAUGGAAAAGAAGAUAAACGGAUGGAUGGCAAACCCUCUGGGUCACCGAUAUGCCUUUAUUUCACUGUGGCUCUGGAUCAAGCAUUUAUAAUGGGACUGCUGUAGCACUUCUUCAGUGUUGUCUUACACUCGGCUCUCAAGGCAAAGAAAGUGCAGGGAUACACACAUAUACACACACAACACAACACCGGCUGAUAAUGGAGCCAGGUUUUCCCUUUGAAACAGGGAAAGAUGUUUAGAGGGUGGAUGAAUGUUCAAUAGUUUUGGUUCUAGGAUAAAUAAGAGUGUGAAAAAUGCAGACUGUUCAAAAAGAGAGGAGGCUGAUGAUUGAUUUUUUUUCCUGUGUUUGUUUCUCCGCAAUAUUUGGUGAAAUGUGUGGAGGGUUUAAGAUGUCACUGCAGUUGCUCCCUGGUGUGUGACAUGCAGCUGCUUGCUGCAAUCUUCGACACUUUCCGGAGAUCGACAGACUACAGUUUGCAAGCAAAACUGGUAUCAAGUGCUCAAGACUAACCUGAAUGUCUCUGAUUCUAUUUUAAGUUAACAUCCUCAUGGCAUACAGCAUGCACAGACAUUGUAUUUGAAUUGACAUUCACACUCAUGACCACAGCCAAAUCAAAUACUUUAUAUGAGGUUAUCCUCCCUUGAAAAGCACAAACACUGUGCAUUCAGUGAAAACAGACGUGACUCUCAAAAGUGCCCUGCUUAAUAUUUAAUGAAUCACACACCAACACACAUGAAAUAUCAGCAAGUAUUUCCAUUAAGCAAUGUGUCCUUAUGCACUUAAGACCAUUAACUGAAAAAAAAAUUGCAGUUACAGAUAAUUUUAAGCUUCAGUGGAUGAAGUAACACUCUUUUUUUGUUAUUUAAUAUGCUUUUACUCACUCAUAUGAAUGCUUCUCUACCUACAUACUUCUUAAUUUUGGUUUUUAAAUCACCCAAAUGCCUCGUCCUCAGUUCGCCCCCUGUAUAGUUCUGACAUAACUGUGAACAUGGUUUCAAUGUCUUUGGUGCUGUUAUUGAUAAAUUAUGGUAAGCGAUGGUGAAAUGACAGUACUGGCUUUUGUUUCGUAAAGUGUUUUUUAUUUUUAUGCUUGAUUCAUUUGUGAAAAAGAUUGGAGACUUGUCAAUUUGUGAAGAUUUGUUUGAAAUCACUUGACACCAUGUUACUUUGUGCUAAGUGGUAUUCUCGAGGUUUUUAAGCAGGUUCAUCCAUAUAAAUUAACAAUCCUCAUCUUGAGAGGCAACAGACCACAUUCACAUUAUCUUAAGACUAUCUUGACUUAACUUCGUCUUAUGGCUAUUUAAAAAAUGUCUAAUUUAAAACAAAGAAGAAAGAAUGAAAGGCAGAUUAUAUUGUGUUAAACUCACAACUUUGACCACUAGCUCCAUGAUCCUUCAUCCAGUUCAUUACCUCUCAUGUCCAAAAAUCAGAGCAUUAAAUCAGAAGAAAUGUAAGUGCCUUAAAUCAAUGGCAUACAAAAUUAACAUCACAAGUCCUUUUUGAUGCUGCAUGAACACAUAUACACCUCAAAAAACGUAUGUGUCCUCUUAGAUGGCUGCUUCUCAUCCUUUGUUAUAUCUAAUAAACACAUUAAUCACCAUGGAAAGAGAAUUUCAUUUGAUGGCUGGCAAAACUGCAUAUGAAAAAAUAUUUCUGCUUUCUGCUUUUGAUUUCUCUCACAGGAACAUUAUUAUAUUAAGUGAUGGAAAGAAAAAAAUGGAUCAUACCUGUUACAGCUGCAAUGACAUGCUUGUCUCUACAAUCUAAAAUGGUCUUAUGAAGUCAACCACAACUGGCCUGAUGUGACGUGAACUAUAAAUCAAAGCUCGGAGGGACCAUUGAUCCAUCACCUGUUUCAUGUAGAGUUUGUAGAGAUGGCAAGAAUGAUCUGCAGUUUUGAACAUUUCAAAGAUUGGAAAGAAACAUUCGUCUUUACCAAUGUUGACAAUCAUUGACGGCGUGAUGGCGGUAAUCGUAAUGUCUCAUCAUCCAAAUUCUCCUUUUAUAACAGCUCAACUCAUGUUUCAUCCCAGGAAGCCAAACAGACCGGCCCACUUACAUUUACAUGAUAUAAACCAUUGAAUGAUGUUGGUGAAGCGCUAAGAAAUCUUAUUCUGUGGGCAUACCAUAAGUAUUUUGCUGUAUUAAGCGCAGGUUAAGUUUAUCACAAAGCCUUAUGUAUGCCAUCACUUUCCAAACCACUGGUUUUGAGUCUUAUAUUGACCGCCUUCUGCAA